GUUUCUUGUUGACAGUUUUCUUUUGGCUAUGAUGUGCUUGGAGCCCUGAAUAGUCGAGCAUCAAUAAAAUAAAAUACGUAGGUAUAGAAAGGUAGUGUUCAACUUCAAACUCACUAACAAAAAUAAAGCUAAUCGUUGAUCCUUCACAUUAAAAACAAAAGUGUGUUUGAAAAGGAAGACAUCGAGUUUAUUGAACUGUUCACUAUCAGCAAUCCAGGUAGUGGCACUCACUUAGGUCUUAUCUGGGCAUCUGUCGGCCGCCGUGGCUAUUACCUAAACCGUCGCAUACAAGGACUCUGUAUAUAGUUAACCAAACUCUAGUUAAUCAAACAUGGCUAAGGCACGACAAAUCAGAGAAGGAUUAUACUGUAUAACAUGGAAUGUUAUGGAAGAAUAUCGAUCCGCUUUUUCAAGAAAGCCAGUGCUCGUUGAAAAUCUGCCUAGGAUAUUUGAAUCUUGCCAUCUCACUUACCAAGUAGUAGAAAGAGAAGACAAGUUAGUUCUUGAAAUGCAACCCGUUUUUUCUGAAGUCAUGUUGCCUAGCGAUUUGGACGCGAUACUUGUCCUGGCCAGCCACAAUGGUAUCCAACAGCAGAUGAUCUUGAAGCAAUCAAAGUGGGUAACCUGUUACAGUUACGACGGGGACUGGUAUGAUGAAGAUUAUGGAUGCAGUGAGCAAAGGAUUGGUUUUGAUAUUAUCGUAGAUUUGAAUCCUGAUGGUGUCACCACAUUAAAAAAAGGGACGAAAUUUGUCCAUGAUAACUUGUUGAAUCUGUGGGAAAACAAGACUCUGUCGGAUGUCACUUUUACAUGCCAAGGUAAAAACUUUGCGGCCCACACCAACAUUUUGGCCUCUGGUAGUCCCGCACUGUACGCCAUGUUUCAGAACGAUUUCAAAGAAAAAAGGGAAAGAAUUGUCGAAAUCACAGACUUUGAUCCACAUAUUGUUGAAAAUCUACUUCGUUACCUGUACACCGGAGAAAUUUUCGAAGGAAACAACGGUCCAGCGAAUAUAGAUGUCGAAAAUCUGUUUGCGGCUGCCGACAAGUACGACAUCGAAUCCCUGAAAGAAGAGUGUGAAGUCCACCUGUCGAGGAAUUUAACUGUAGAUAAUAUGACGCGUUAUCUUGUCCUGGCCCAUCGUCAUAACUCGUCUAAGCUCACCGAGUCGACGCUGGAUUUUAUGGCGGAAAAUGCGACAACUGUUUUUUCACGCUCACGGAAGACAGAUUGGAUGGAGAUAAUGAAGAGUCAUCCAGAACUCGCCUUUCAAGCCAUGCAGCGUCUAGUAGUGGGCGAUCGAAAAAAGCGCGUAGUCAAAUUAAAACCAUUAAGAAAAAGACUUGUUAACAAGUGGCAUGUUAUCAGCAGUGAGUUUGACUGAAAUGGAGUGAAUUUCUUACUGAAAAUUAUCUGUUGUAUUUCCUAAUUAUCUUCAAAUAUAUGCAAUUUCCUGCAAGGCA